GUGGUGGUGGAGGCCCGAAGUCCGGGGUUCCAGAGGGGCCCCCAGCCGCUUGUGGGACCCCAGAAUGAAUGAACCAAAUUUUAUUAUGGAUAAAGACUUUAAGACUGAGUCAACUUCCUAUUCCCUUCAAAGUUCUUCAGAACCAUUGUUUUCUAUCCAGAUAUUAGAAUUCAAAACAAAUUUGUUAGAGGCAUUAGAAGAAUUACGCAUGAGAAGGGAAGCAGAAAUUCAGUAUGAAGAGCAGAUUAGGAAGAUAAUUGUAGAAAAGCAAGAACUUCAGUGGCAAAAGGAAAAUCUUCAACAUCAGAAAGAAACAUUAACAAAGCAGCAUAAAGAAGCUAUGACACUUUUUAAAAAGCAGUUGCAAACAAGGAUGUGUGCUAUGGAAGAAGAAAAGGGACAAUAUCAACUUGCUUCAGAAAUAAAAGAAAAAGAAAUAGAAGGACUGAAGGAAACAUUGAAAGGAUUACAGGUUUCAAAAUAUUCUUUACAGAAGAAAGUAAAUGAAAUGGAACAAAAGCUCCAGUUACACCUCUUGGCUAAAGAAGAUCAUCAUAAGCAACUGAAUGAAGUAGAGAAAUAUUAUGCUACAAUCACAUGUCAAUUUGGAAUGGUAAAAGAAAGUCAUGAAAAGUUAGAACAGAAUGUACAUGAAGCAAUACAAUUAAACAAGAGACUGUCAGCAGCAAAUGAAAAACUAGACUCUGAAGUAUGUAGUUUAAAACAGGAACUAAAAAAAGUAACUACAGAUCUGAUAAAGUCCAAGAUCACAUGUCAGUACAGGGCAGAAGGAGAAGAUAUCAAUCUUACAAUAAAGGAACAGCAAUUUCAAGAAUUACAAGAAAAACUCCGAAUGGAAAUUGAAGUAAGAAAGAAGGUUAGUGAAAAGGUAACCUUCAUGCAAGAAGAAAAACAGGGAAUCAUCAGUUCUUUUGAACAUAUUCAACAGUUACUUCAGCGACAGACUCAAAAUAAUAUCAGAAUGGAGGCAGAGUUAAAAGCACUGCAAGACAAUAAUCAGACCCUUGAAAGAGAUAAUGAGCUGCAAAGGAAGAAGGUAAAAGAAAAUGAAGAAAAGUUCCUUAAUCUUCAAAAUAAGCAUGAGAAAGCACGAGGAACUUGGGAAAAACAUGAGAAAAAACUCAUUGAAGAAAUAGAUGAGAUUAAAAAUGAGUUGAUGUCAGUUAAAGAAGCUCAUCUUAAAUUACAAGAAAGCUAUAAUGAAUUAUCUUCUCAGAAGAAUGUAUUUUUUGAGCAAGAUAAUAAGCUUCAGAAUGGUAAAGAAUGGAAUCCUCAGCAAGAAAUAACUGCAAUAAAUACCAUGAAUUUUUGUUCAAACAUUGAAUAUACACUAAUAGGAAAAAAUAACCAAGACCAAGAGAGAAAUUCAGAAGAAUUACAGUUUUUGGAAAACAAUGAGAAAAAAAUUCAUCUUACUAAAGAAAGAAAAACUGAAGAACUCUCUGAAGAAAAACUAGUUAAAAGCUCCCAAAGCAAAGCUUUCAGUCCAGAUAAAGAUUUACUGUGUCAAGGGCAGACCUGGCGAGCAGGCACUGCUGACUUGAGAAAUGCAGAAGCCACACAAACAAAAGACAAAAUGUGCUUAGAAAGAGGUUUUGGUUGUGUGGAAUUUCAGACACUGAAUGAUCCUUACUCGAUAGAAAUAUCAGUGGAAACAGGGAGGAGUCUUCAAGACAGAACUCAAGAGUUCAAUCUCCACAGUGCAAAUGUGGCUUCAGAAACUGGUCAUAGCAAGCCUGUCCAGGAAAAACUUCCAGAUACCAAUCAUGACAUGAGUAAUGUACAGUGUGGUAAAGAUGUUUCUGGGAUUGAAACAUCCAAACAAGUAUCCAGAAUGAGUCUUGGCACUGAAGAAAACUCUGUAAAUGAAGAAAUUCCAAAUAAUGGCCUCAAAGAAGCUGAAUUGAAUCCGUCCCUAAUUGCCAAAGAUAAUUCUAUUGCGUGUCUGAUGGACAGCUCAAGGAAUUCCAGUUAUUGUGUCUCAGAUUAUAAAGAGUAUAAAUCAAAUGAAACACAUCUAUUGUAUAAAAGAGACUGUGAUGGUCCACAACAUAAGCAAACUUGUUCUUAUGCUCAAGAGACAUGUGAUACAUUGGGGGAAAUGGACCUAAGUAGUACCUGUGGUACAACAAUUAAUAACCCAAAUUCACUUGCUGCCUUAAAUGAUAAUAGGAAAGUGUAUUGUGAAAGCCCCAAAAAAUCCUUUAAUAUGAUGCCUGUCUCAGGAAAAGCCACCCCAAGUCUGAGGGAAAUAGUUUGUUGGAAAAACUUGAAUGAAAUACAGAGCCAUCAACCCAAACAGGAUGAUCCUAAGCAGGUAGAAGGUGAUGAAAAUGUGACCAUUUGUCGUUUUCAAGUUAACUCUCACAAUAUAGAUGUUUCACAGGCCAAAGAUGUGGAAAGUACUGUUCAAAAGGUUACUACCAGGAAAACCACCACAGGCACCGUAAGUCUUUCCAGCAAAGAGAGUCAAGUGAAUGAUACUCAGAUGAGUGAAGCUAAGGACAAAUCCAUAGCAAAAAACGACCUCUUCCUUGUUAGUCAUGUUAAGGCACAGCAGCAGACACUGUUAAACAGUACAAGAGAGAAAACAGACUCAUUAAGUAACACAGAUUCAGAAAGAAAAUAUAGUGAAGGACAGCUGGAAGAAUCAUGCUCGUUUCACAUAAAGCCAUCUGGAGAUUUAGUAAACAGAAGUGGAAGGUCAGCCUUUGAUCUUUCAACUUCAGAUAAAGAAACUGAGAAAACUCCAGUAUACUUAAAUUUUUUAGACCCUUGUCCUUGGCCAAAAGUAAAUCAAGUUGAAAGUCAAACAAUGAACACUUUGGCUUCCAAGGUGCCUUUGUUGCUAAAAGAGAAACUGGUGGAUUCAUCAGAAAAUAAAAAGAUUCCUUCAAAGACACUUUGUCAAAAUCUUGGCCUGGAUGCUGUCAUGAGGGAAAUAAGAAUGGAUACUACCAGCAUUAACAGAGAGGCUGACACUUGGACUAAUUCAAGUAUCCAGCCAAGUCCCAAGAGAGAUCCCAGGGAAGAGUGGAAUGCGAUUGCAAAGACUUUUUAUGAUUCUCCUUUUCCCACAGAACAUGACAAACCACAACUCUUGAAUGCUGGCCUGCCACCGCAAACUGAUUUUACUGACUGUUCCCUUGGUGAGGAAGAGGAUGACUGGCAAUUCCAAGACAUUUUAAUAAAAAACCAAAUUAGUGAAAUAGAAAAGUAUCGAAAUUUGGAAAAGCCUGAAGAACCCAGAAAAAGAAAAUCUGAAGAGAUGUUAGAACAAGUAGUUGAAGAAUAGUUAAUGGAUGUUCUUUACAAUGUAACUAGACUGCUGUAUUUUGACCUAAGUAGGAUAUAAUUAAUAUUCACUUUAUCCAAUUCGAAAAACAUCCUCACUUUGCGACUUCUGCUGAUACGAAGAAGCCGCUUUACUCCAGUCAAGCAUCUAACACUUCCUUACAACGAGCAACCUUCCUUUUUGGCAACCUUUCGUUCAAAGAUUAAAUUGACUGUUUAGAAAUUUUGAUUC